CUUUUAGCAACACCCAUACAUUUUUAACUAAACAUGUUCUCCUUUAAGAUUGUAGCAGUUGUUCUUCUGGCCACUACAUUACAAACACAGAGCAGUGUCGUUCAUCAACAACUACCAGUACCUGUCGCCCCAGCACUCAGAUACACCCUAGUAGCACCUCAGAAUGUAAGACCAUUCGCAGCUCAAGUCAGCACAUUCACCAAAGGUUUGAACAUCUACGCAGCACCAUAUGCUGCUGGUGUACUAGGAGGACCUGCCAUCAUACCCAGGAACUUUUUACCUUCUGCAUCUGUACCUGCCCCAUUACCUGCUGCUUAUCCUGCAGGUGCUAUAGCAGCUCCCUACUAUCCUGGACAAGUACCAGUUCAAGCUCCGUCCCCUUACUAUCCUGGAACAGUUCCUGCUGUAGCCGCUUCGCCAUAUUAUCCUGAACAAGCUCCUGCCUUCGCUUCGUAUCCUUAUAUUCCUGGUCAAGUUCCUGCUCUAGCAUCGUCUCCUUACCUUCCUGCACCUGUUGCUCCUGCACCUAUUGCUGGGGUAGCUCCUGCUCAUCUGCUUCCUGCUCCGUUCGCUCGGUCGGUACAUGCAGUGUCUCCUGCUGUCGGUCCUGCGGUUGCGCCUCAUUUGUCAGCUGCUCCAUUGUUAGGAUGAACAUAUUAGUCAUUAGAUAGUUUUGUAAUAAUUCAUAUUUUUCUAUUUGUAUAUAGACUGAAAUACAUUGUUAUUUUUAAGACGUAUUAUUUAUUCAUCUGAAAAAUAGCUCCUAGAGGGUAUGGUUCACACAUUAAUGAUCAUUUCCACAAUAUAUUCUCUAAUUAUCCCCUACCAGGGUGAAUAUGACUAAGUGAGUAUGAAAUCCUCAUUCUCCUCUUGUUUCAUCAUAUUUUCUUUGGAAAAAUCGAGCUAAAGCAUUGACAGAUUUGAAUUUUAUGAAGUUUGAACUGAUUGGUUUCCAUUGUAUGGUAUUUUACAAUCAUAUUUCUCCUUCAGUCAAUGUGUAUAUAGCCCCUAAUA